AUGCACACGCUCAACGUGUUGUUGCUGGCGGCCGCCGCGGCGUGUGCUGUACCUCGCCCUCUGGGCCCGUCAGCUGCGCCAGCUCUGUCGCAGCUGCCGCACCGCAUAGGUUGGCAGCCGCGGCCUUUCCGCAGCGACUACAUCCUGCCUCGUAUGCUGUUACCCAACCCAUUACUUCGAUAUGAAGAAACCCCUCGCGCUGUCGUCCCUACCGAACAAGAUUGGCUGAGUAAGGAAAUAGAUCGCAUCAACCAAAUGGACGAUGAUGAAGAGUUAACCCCAUUUGUAGAGGAAUUUUCUCGAUGGAUGGCUCGGGAUCCUUACGUUCCCUUAAAAUAUGGACAAGAAGCUGUUCGAGAACCUGCUGAACCUGCUUAUGUGCCGGAGACCAUGACGCCUACUCCAGAGGAGAUACGCCCCGUGCCACCACCAAGGGAAAUCGUGUCACCUGAACCUAUCUCAGCACCUCAAGUGGAAGCCCGGAACCAAGUGUCGUCGACGGUGGCACCUGCAAAAACUGAAAAUGAAGAAAAUAAAAAGACGUUCGCACUGACACCUCUCGAUAAGGAAUACUACGAACCCGAAGAGAAAACGGAUACACAAAAAUCGGAUGGACCUCAUGAAGGUGGUGAAUCGCCAGCUCCGCAAGCGAUGAGCUUGGUGGCGUUCCAGCCUCCACGUCCGAUACGGCAGAACCCGAACCUGGGUAGAACGAAGAACCUGGUCGCUGAGAACUUGGACCGCCUUCGAGUUGGCGUGGCAAAUAAGGACUACCGUAUCCCUGUCUCCUUACUGCCAACCAACCUGCGCUGGUUGAGAAUAAAUCCUACUGAUGUGCCUGAGACAAGCACCCAAGAGAAUCCUGAUGGCACCGAUAAACCUCGUCACAUCCAUGUGCUGGAGUCUGCUUCGGACCCAGCUGACUCGAUCUACGGUAUCGCUCUAAUUGCUGCUGUCGGCACCGCUCUUACUAUGGCUAUUAUCGGAUUUGCAUUCGGCUGGUACACACUAAGUAAGAAAGCUAAAGCUGCCGCUGACGUGGACUACCCUGCAUACGGAGUGACUGGACCUAACAUUGAUACCUCUGGCGACAGGAAACUUGCUCAUUCGGCCCACAUGUACCACUACCAGCAUCAGAAACAGCAAAUAAUAGCUAUGGAAAGAAAUGGCUGCGAACACCGCAAUGGAUCUGUGUCUGACCCCGAAUCUGAGGAAGAGAAUGAAGAAGGAGAUUACACCGUCUAUGAAUGCCCUGGCUUUGCCACGACGGGUGAAAUGGAAGUGAAGAAUCCUCUGUUCUCCGAGGACCCGACCCCGGCUACACCCGGCAAGUGCGAGAUUGUGAAACCUCAGCCCAAAGAUUAA